AGAUAAAUUGAUAACUUAAAACGGCGACCACUUCCGGGAUUUAACCCCUUUCGACGUUUGAAACGUUAAGAGGAUAUACCAGUCUGAUAAUAAUUGCGUCGGUCGCAAGAGGUCGUCGGGAUAUCGAUUAUUCGCCGGAUUCAGUUUUCGCGCAUUUCCCCUCUCUCCAUCGUCUCAUGUCGGGUUUCCCGGAACAUCCCCUUUAGUAGUCCUUUUACGCGAUCGGUGGACGCGGCCGCGUUCCCCGCAAAGACUAGCGACGAAAACGGCCAAGAUGUAGAAAGCCGAAACGCAAACAGAACCCACUUUUAGAAAUCGAAUGUCUUCCACGUAACUGCUGAAGCAGUUACGCUCUAGUUUUUAAGUGCAAAACCCAAGUCUUCCAAUUUGAUGCUGUGGGCAAUAUAAAAGAAAUUAGAAAAAUAAAUUAAUCGAUAUUAUUAAUAAGGAAUUUUAUUUUUGUAAAAAAAAUAUAUAAAAUAUUUGUGAAAAUCGAGAUGUUUUAUGGAAAUUCGAGGAGGUUUUCGGUCGAUGAGAGGGUUAUUUUUGAGAGGUUGUGGAGGGAUGCUCUCUGUCAAGCGUUGGGGCCGAAGGCGCCCAUCAGAUUUGCGAAUAGGAGACAAUGUUGCUGUCACUGCCAUUGUGUUAUGGGUAAUCCUCAUAAUCAACAACGGCCUUUACAAAUUUUACCUCCAAGAAAUGCCAUGAGAUCUGUUGUAAGUGUAACUGAAACACAUCAAGUGGCUGAAGCACAACAAGAAAAGAACGCGAGAUUGAGGGAGGCUUUCGGAAUUUCGGAGUAUUUUGUUGACGGUAGCAGUUUUGAUCCGGAUCGGCAAGCUAAGGAACAGCUUGCUAAGCAGGAAAAGGAAAAGGAAAGGGCUUUAGAGAGGGAAAAAGAAAAAGAACAGGAAAAACAGCAAGCCGCUCGCUACGAACUCGUUCACACACCAAGUCCUGAACCGCAAAGUAAUGGAAACGAUAAAGAUAAAAAGAAGAAGAAACGCAAGAUGAGCUCAUCGAGUGAGGAGCAUAAGAAAAAGAAGAAAUCAAAGAAACGAAAGAAAGAAAAAUCGAAAGAUAAGAAGAAAAAGAAACGUAGAAGAUCAUCCGUUUCUAGCGAUGAUGAAUCAAAUUCUAGUUCAGGCGAUGACUCAAGCAGUGAAGAUGAGAAGAAAAAGAAACGAAAAAAGAAAAAAGAGAAGAAGAAAGCAAAGAAAAGAAGACAUUCCUCAUCUGAUAGUUCCCGCGAAAGUUCUCCUGAACCAAAAAAGACAAAAAAGGAUAAAACCCCGCCGAAAAAGCACCAAAAUCAACCAACUCUUUCGUCGCGAGAUCAAAAAAAUAAUAAACCAUCUUCGAAACAGGAUCGUCGAUCAAGGAGCAUUCACAAAUCAUCAUCUGGGAGGCGACAAUCUUCAGAAUCUCCUUAUAAUAGAAAAGAAAGGGAUCGUUCGCGUACAAAUAGGUACAGGCAACAAGAAGAAAGUAGGAAUUAUGAAAAUCGAAGGCAAGGGUAUAGACAUAGAUAUAAUAGAUCGAAAUCGCCGAGGGAAAAGCGAAGAUCUAAGUCUUAUUCGCCUUUAAGAAAUAAGGAAAGUAAAGAAAAUGUUGGUGAUAAAUUUCGAUAUCGACGAGAAAGUAGAGAUCGAUAUAAAGAAGUACAACAAAAAUCGUUAGAACGAAAUGAAUCGCGCCAAAAAGAAAGAAGUAGAGAAAGAGAUAAUGGAAGUAAAGAAAGAAUUCGGGGGGAAAAUAAUAGAGAAAAACUUGAAGAUCGUCAAGAAAGAAGUCGAGAGAGACGUGAAGAAGAUAGAAGUCGUGAAAGAAGAACUGAAUUAAAUAAAGAUCGAAAAGAAGAAAGGAAUAGAGAGGAAAAAAGAUUAGAUGUGAAUUUGAAUAGCAGAAGAAAUCGUUCAAAAACACCACCAAAAACGUUAAAGAAAAACAGUGUUAGUCCACCAAGAAAAAGUCAUACACCACAAAACACAAAAUACGGAGAUCACAUUCAAAUAGAAACAAAUUCAAAAAAACAAUCAGAUAACGAAAUCGAUUCAAAUCAACCCGAAAAAAAUCGAAAUAACACCCCCAUUCCACUUAAUCGUAAAUCGUCAUCGAAAUCAAAAACCCGUUCAAGAUCCCGUGAUAAUUAUAAUCCAUCUUCUUCAAAAAUUUACGAAAAAUAUUCACCAUCGAAAGAAAGCGAAAGAUCCCCGACACCAUUCGAAGAUAAAUCAAGAUUAAUUCAAAAAUCAAAAGAAAAAAUUAAACAAAAAAAGCCACAACUUCCCGUCGUUCGAUUACGAUCGAGUAGUGAAGAUGAAAUGUCUCCUAAUGAUUACGAUAAGGAAGACGAGGAACAACGCGAAAAAGAAAUCAAAAUGCUUAAGGUGUUAAAAUCGGGUUUGGCGGCGAAAGCUAAGGAAAGUUUGGAGAAGAAAAUUCCGAAAUUGAAUAGUUUUUCGAUUCCGAAAUUGGAUGUGGCGCUGAUGAAGGUUGAAAAGGACGAGAAACGGGAGAAUGUUGUUAAAGAUUCGUUUGAUAUUAAACCGUUUACGACGAAGAGUGAAAAAAGUUCGGUUGAUUUGAAGAAAUUGAAGGAGGUUAGGAAGAUUUUGGAACGAUACGGUAGUAGCGAUGAUGAUGAUAAUAAUUUAGGGGAAAAUCGGAAAAGAACUGUUUCGAGGUCUUCGAGAUCGAAAUCAAAAAGUAAAUCAAAAUCGAUUAGUAAGGAGAGGAAAAGUAGGUCGAGGAGUUUUUCUCAUUCCUCUUACAGUUCAAAACGUAAUAGUUCUCAAAGUAGAUCUUCGUCAUCAUCAUCUAGUCGAAGUUCAUCUCGUUCGUCGCGAUCAAGAAGUCAUUCAAGUUCGCGUUCGUCAAGUUCUUCGCGGAGUUCAAGUAGCGGUUCAAGAUCGAGAUCGCCGUCGAUCCCGCGACGACACGGAUCGCCGAGCUUUUUGGAUAGGCGCCGAAUAACCAGUGCAAGAAAACGACCAAUUCCUUAUCAUCGACAAACUCCGAGUUCGCCAUCUUCAGUGAGUAGCGGAAGUCGAAGCCCUUGGUAUAUCAGAAAACGCAGCUUUAGUAAAUCUCCAAGUCGCACUUCAAGAUCAGCUUCGCGAUCACCCCGAUCCCCCUAAAAAAAUCUUACCUUAAAUACUUCACUCAUGAUUUUUUUUAGCAAUAAAUUAAUUUUCUAGUCUCUUAUUAACUAAAUGGUGCAAUAUACUUUAUUUUUGAACUACGAUAUUAUUUAUAAAGGUUUGAAUUGAAAAAAAAACAUACCUGUGAUGGAUCUUAUUAUUUUCUAGGUGCAAUUUUAUUAUUAUCAAUUAAUUUAUUACUAUUUAUAACUUAUUUUCUCAACGUAGAUAAUCUUAAUGUAGCGUAUUUAUAAAAAUUUAAUCUUUAA